AUGAUCCACUGUUUUCAUUCAGAGCGCAAGACCGAAUCCCUACAUCCGCCAUCGCCUUCUACGGUGCCUGCAUGCACCAGUAACUCCCGCCCCCUGGGCUGUGUGAUCAGUGCGCUGCCAGAUAUUGGCUUGUGCGGCCGUGCGGUACGGACAAUGCCUCCAUGCGGGCGACCGGGGGCAGGUAACGUCUCGCACGAUCACGUUGAGACAAUCUCGGCCAAGACCCAGGCCCAGCACGUGUCCGCUAGAUGCCGAGACUCUUCCCGGCCGCAACCCCUUGCCGCGAUCUUGACGGGGGUUGGCGCCAGCACAUUCCGGCUCGAGAAGGCUCCAAGGCUCGUCUCUGCCACAGCGUUGAGCGUAUGCGACCCCCACGCCUCGGAGAAAAUCCGAUUCUCCCGUGCAACCAAGGCCUGGCGGCCCAGCGCCGAGAACGUCGGGAUGGAUCCCCGUAUUUGGCUUCCCCGGAACCCCCCGCCUUCCCCCACGCCGGGCCCGUUUUGGGGUCAUUGGCCGAGCCCCGUCUCCCCGUGGGGUUGGCCCAUGCCGGACGACCGCAUUUGGGUUGGGUUACAGUCGCGGCCAUGCCGACUCCAUCGACCCCGUUGGGUUCGAUCUCUGUUUAUCUUGUCGCGGCAUUCUUCUACUCCGCACACGCCACCGUUCCCCGGCUUCCCACAAGAAGCUACUGUCAUCCCGGAUCCUGGCUCUCUUGUCCCCGACUGGCCCGAUUCUUUUAGUAGUUUUUAG